CUGUUCAGUUAGAUACUUCUUAUUUUAUUCUUCAUUAUAUGUUAGUUUGCUGGUUUAUAGCUAUUUUUAUUCGUAGUUUUAUAAAUGUAAUGGUUAGCAGUAUACACAUCAUCAAGUAAAUAGCUUUGAGACAUACAACCAAUUUGUCUAUUAUGAACCAUUAUUGUACCUUAUUAGGGUGUAAACUACCGGCGUGCCAAUUUCACUUAAACCCAUUCAGUCGUUUUUGCGUCAUCGAGUAACAAACUCAAAAAACGUUCAUACUUUUUCAUAAAAAAAAAUAUUACUAGGAUGUGGCCUUCUUGAGUGACUAGGUUUUUAUUGGAAAUGAUAACAAGUUACUUUUACCACAUAUGAAUUGCAUUGUUAGUCAUGUAGGUGAAUCAUAAACAUCCUGCUUUUCUAAUGUUUUGGUUCAGUACAAAGUGAUCAGUCAGUCACCGAGCGGGAAGUAGAGCAAUUGGAAAAGAAACAAGGCUGCACAUGCAAUUACUAAUUGAAGGCGUAGUAAAGAUGGAGACUAUUAAAAUUUUAAUUCUAGCGAUGGCGUCUAUUAUGAAUAUAACGCAGAGUACACCAUUUAAUAUUAAACACUUCACGAAGGGGAACUAUCUUUUUAGUAAAGGCAAUCCGUUGGAGUCGAUGAGCGCUUUCUUCUUUAAACUUAUUCCAGAACGCCCUACAAGAGCUGCUCAAAAGCAGCUAAACGCAUCACUUCCGGCUCACAAGGCCGUAAAAGCCGAUUUCGCAAUCGAAACGGUCAAACCAAUGUUACACAACAAGGCAGGUUGUAAACACGCCGACUAUUUAACAAAGUUUUCGUACUCCAUUAACGUACCCGUCAUGCAUCCAUUUGAAAAAUAUAAAAUCAUCGUGGUGACCGCGCCGCCGUACAUCAAGUUAAGUGCGGGGGACACUGAGCCACUCGUAGUGUAUAUGAUUUUUAACGACGACACCACAGACGAUUCCAGGACACCGAGCAUGCCCGAAGUAUAUUUUUUAACCCAGCAAAAUGGACCGGUCGACAACUCUAUGAAAAUGAAGAAUGAUCAGAUUUGGAUAGUAAAUAGCAAUCGCACCGUAACAGGAUUGAAGAGCAAAGACAUUGCAAAGUUUGUAAGCUUCAGGAAAAAACGAGGAAAACCACAGGCGUGGCGUCCCAUGGGUCCUUAAGUAUAUAAUUGAGGGUUAAAAUAGGGUUCACUUCUGACAAUCCAUAAUUAUACUGAUGUAACUAAGGUAGCCUACCCUCAUACCAGCACACAUCAAUGUUUGGUACCUUUCAAAUUAGUUUAAGGCAUCAAGUGACUUAUUUGAGCUAUUCCUACGUUAAAAUGCAACAUGACUUAAAUUAGGUACCUAGAUUCUUCGACUGAUUAAGUUGAUCGAUGAGUUUUGGAGAUAUUUGGGAACAUUACUAGCCUUUCACACAAAAGCAAUAUGAUGAUCUGCGGAAUUGACUUUUAAGUGACGAUUUUGCAUAAUUAAUACAAUAGCGUUCAUUUGGAUUUUAGUUGUAAUGUUUUACAGUUAAUAUUUUCCUCAGUCAGUUGACUUUGUUUAACCCUCGUCUCUUGAAACACUCGCAUCGUUCAAAAUUCCACUUUUCGUUUUGGAAUCAUUCGCCGGGUAUCAAGACGACGCAUUGUAAAGUAAGGUAUCUAACUACAAAACUCAUGAAAAUAUUGUUUCGUCAAGUUCUACUAUCAUCGAAUUCAUUUCUGUAGUUGCCGUCACACGAUUGGUUAACAUUUAUAGGAGAGAAAAUCGUAUCAAGGAUCCCGCUUUUUUAAACAAACAUUUUGAUUGUAGAGGCGAUUUAAGCCUUGAUCUCUUAAACACACACCAAUUCUGUAGUUGUGAUUUUUCGAAUAAUUCUUGUUUUUUCUUACUUAAAAUGGUAAAACCAGUUUUGCUGCAUACGGUCCUAUAUAAUAAGCUAGCGCAAAAGUAAAUUCACUUUGCGCGAAGUAUCGGCAUGAGCGCGGGUUUCGGUAAGCAAGCAAGCAAGUAUGUUUAGAUUUUUAUUGUUUUACGAUGCGUCACCUUAAACAACAACUUUGUCCCCUUGUAAAACAUAAAAACUGUUUGGAUAAAAAAGUGGUGUAAGUAUUUGAUAUUUCGCUGAUAUCUGUAAAAAUCUACUGGUUUGUGUAUUAAAAGUUUUUAUGUUUCGUU